CUCAUUCCAACUUUCCAAGCGCAAACCCUAUUUAUCUACUACAUUUCUACCCUUCUUCAUUCGUUCAUUCCUUCUCCUCCCAAACAUUUGCUCUCUUGUUUUUGGUGUAAGAAUCAAUGGAGAGCAUGGACCGAUGUCACCAGAAGCGACCCAAAAUCACCAUUACUGAUCAGUCUGAAGAGGUUAUUAGUGAUGAAUGGAAAUUCAUAAACAUGACUGAACAAGAAGAAGAUCUCAUAUAUAGAAUGUAUAGGUUUGUUGGACCCAGAUGGGAUUUAAUAGCUGGGCGGAUUCCAGGUCGAAAAGCAGAAGUACUAGAGAGGUUCUGGAUCAUGAGACAUUGUGAUGCGUUUGCUGAAAAACGAAAUCAACGUAAGAUAGAGGGCUCUAAUAUUGAUCGUCGUCAAAUGUUUAAUGGAUUUAAGUAGUAGUCUCCCUUUUUGAUUGUUUUCUGUGCCUUUCUGUUAUUGUGUAGUAACUCAGUUCUUGCAGUUCUCUCUCUCUAGAUAAACUGUAAUGAGGGAAAAGAAAAGGUAAAUUUCAAGUUGUCGCAGCGAAAGCGAAGCAAAGCGGGGGUGAGAUAAUAACACACAGUUCGUGUAAUACUUAUGCGUAAAUCGGAAUAAUAUAAUCGCACAUUUCAUCCUACAAAAGGGCGAAAAAUAUUACAUUUCAUGUAUACAAAAGGUAAGUUUAUGGAA